AUGCUGGCGGCUACCCUCUCCCGCUCCGUUGUCUCUCGGCGCAUAGCCACGCAUUCUGCACGAUGCUUGGCUUCCAAGACAUCGCCGCCGAAGUCGCCAGCGAAAGACACACUCCCACCGCCCCCAGCACCUACGGGACCCUCUACGCCGUCCUCUUCUUCGGUGCCUAGCCUGGAUUUCUCCCCUUUGGUGGAGGAGGAUGAAGGCCCUCGUGAGCGGACGGGAGCUCGAUCUUCCAAGAACUCGCUAUCGAGUAUUGAGCGGAGAAGGCGUAUGCUCGCCCGAGGAGCGUUUGCAGUCUUCCUCGUCGGAGCCGGAGUGCAGACCUGGCUCAUGGGCAGGGAGUGGGAAGAAUGGGAGUUGAAGGAGAAGAGGAUGAAAAUCGAGGAUGCGCCUUCCACUCGUUGGGGACGGACGAGGGCCCGGAUCACUAGCAUGUUCGACUUCUUUACAGAACCCCUUUGGCCCGAGCUUUUGCCUGGUCCGCAUCCUUCUAUCCCCCAAAAACCGUACACCCUGCUAGUGUCGAUCGAUGACCUACUUGUGACGUCGACAUGGGAUCGCCAACACGGCUGGCGGACAGCAAAGCGACCGGGAGUGGAUUAUUUCAUCGCCUAUCUGUCGCAAUUUUACGAAGUCGUGAUCUUUACCACUCAGUAUAAUUAUACAGCAGCACCUAUUGUAGACAAACUAGACCCCUACCAGUUCUUCAUCUCCUACAGGCUAUAUCGCGACGCAUGUCGGUCCGUGCAAGGAGAGCCUGUCAAGGACCUGUCAUAUCUCAACCGAGACUUGUCCAAGGUCGUAGUCCUUGAUGCGCAUGCCGAGCACGUAUCCGCGCAGCCGGAGAACGCGAUCAUCAUGCCCAAGUGGACGGGCGACCCGAAGGACAGGGGCCUCAUCGCGAUGAUUCCCUUCCUCGAAUCAAUAGGAAUCUUCCAUCCGCCCGAUGUCCGGCCGAUCUUGGAGGCGUACCACGGGAAGGACAUCCCUAUCGAGUACGCCAAGAAGGAGGCCGAGAUGAAGCAGAAGCACGUCGAGGAAUGGCAGAGCGGCCGUAAGGGUCUUUCCACGAAUUCCUUUACGCUGAGCAGCUUGUUCGGCGGCGGCGGACAGUCCUCGCCAAUCCCACCGACGUACCUCGAGCAGAAGCGACGCGAAGCGCAGUUGCAGUACCAGGAGGAGAUGGCGUACAUCCGCGCGAACAAGGACAACUUCGAGCGGAUGCUCAAGGAGGAGCAGGAGGCGAUGGAGCGAGAGAUGCGUGGGGGUACGGUCUGGAGUGCGAUGCAGGCUAUGGUCACUGGCGCGCCGCCACCGAAGGACCCGCCUGCACCGGGCUCUGCGAGUGCCCCCGUGGCCGCUGGCGCGACUCCACCUGCUCAGCCGAGUACUGCGUAAGGCAUUCAUGUCGGACAUCAUCCCCAUUCUACACGGUGUCAAUACACAACUCAUUGAACAUCACAUGGCAGUCCUGAUAAGGGACUAUCCGGCGGGGGUCGUCAUGACUCGACAAAUCUAUAUGAGGUCCAAGGACCAGCGGAGCCAUUGGCAUAAGUCGCUGCCAAUCGUCAACGACCGACCAUCGACAAGCUGUUACAAGAUCGUCAGACGUGCUCGUGGACUAGUAUGUGAGCAAUCUCACGCGGAUAUUUGCAGACUGGUAGAUGUUUCCGCUGCCGGGACCUUGGGCCACCAUACUUCCUGGCGGAAUAUCCCCGGGCGGCCCGCCUCGUCUACGGAGUAUGUGAUGAUCGCACACAUCCG